AGAACAUCGGACGUUCUUGGGCCGCGCUGGCCGCGCGGAGCAGCGCCGUUCGGUUUGUUCACCGUUGCUUCUCACGUUGCUUGUGCAGGGAUUUUGUCGGAAGUUGGAACUUGGUGACUUGGUUGGUUGCAGCAUCCGUGCGGUAGGCUAGCUGUAUUUUCGUACCGACCACUUACAUUCGUAAAAACGAUGCCAGUGCUAGUUAUAUAUCAGUUACCACGAAGCUCUUCAACAAUGCGAGGCAAGACGUAGGAAUCUUGGGCAGUCUCCAACUGGCCAGGAGGAUGUAGCCAGAUGGCUGCCCCCUCGGAAGAUCGAGUUCGGCGCAUUUGCAGCGGCUCUGGCAGGUCGUCUCCGGGCUAUGGGGUGGGCCGGUCGGCCCAGGCUUGGCUGUCGCGCGCCAUCCACAACCUGAGUCCCAACCUCGCUCGCAAGCUCCAGCCGAGCCCCGACGUAGUGGAAGCCAGCUGCAGGUCGUUGCGGGGUCCUCCAAGCGAGGCAGUGCCCAGGCCUCGCAGGAAAGCCCCUUCAGAGUCAGCCACCGGCGAGGCGAGUGCAGCGCCCUUACGCGACCAUUGCCUGCCCUAUGGGGGCCCCCCCGGGGAUGCGGGGGAGGUGAGCUGCGAGCGAUACGGAGCCGCGCGGCUGCGCGAGGUGUUGGCGGUGCUGCGGAGCGACCUGGGCUCUGAGCAGAAGCUAGUGGCCAUCAAGCAUGGACGUGACCACUGGCAGCGGCUAGGGGCGUGCCCCCGCAUGGAGGCUCCGAGCCCCGUCGACCAAUCGGCAGUUGGGGAGGCGGCGCGCAUGCGGCAGGACACGACGCAGCUGGUGCUCGACAAGGGUGCCGGUACACCACCCAAAUCUCCAACGUCGGUCCAAGAGUGGGUGAAUUCUCUUCCCGCUGAUGAAGCCAACAAGGCCAGCCCGUUGGAGAGUAUCAUGCGCCGGGACGGCGGCUGCCCGGUCAACCCGGAGGUGCCGGGCAAUGACGACGACAACCUCACCCUCGGAGCAGAAGCCAGGACAUUGGGCAGUUCUUCCCUGCUGCAACCUAGCUCGGGCAAGGCCAUGCUGGGUGAGCUUCGAAGCAAACAGAGCAGCUUCAACUCGGAAACGUCUGGCUUCUCCACCAUUUCAAGCAUGUCGAGCGUGGAGUCUUUGCUGGAGGCACGCCGCGAGGACCCCGAAGAGCUUCUGCUGGCGCUGGGCUUCGGGGGCCAGGAGGCAGACCCCGUGGCACGCAUUCCCGAGCGCUUUCUGGUCCAGCCGUCCCAGGCCAGGGGCGUCGACCUGCGCCGCCUCGUCUGCCACCAGGAGACACUGAGUCAGCGCCACGACACGGGCAUCCCAGCACCCAUGCACUCGGGCACACCGCCGUCGGCCAUUGCAUCUAAGAUCAUGGAAGCGAUGGAGCAGAACCAAAAGAGCCGGUCGUUUGCGGCCACAGCCAAGCUGGCGCGGGCCACGAGUAGCCUUCUGCUGAGCAGUGCCAGCCGCGGCAGUUCAGAGAGCAUCCUGGAGCCGGCCAACCGCGAGUUCCUCGAGCGCCAGGGGGCCGAGGACCAGGAGCCCGACCGCAAGAAGCUGGUUCUGGGGCGCGAGACAUUCAGCUUCGACCUGGACUCUGGCUUGGUGCUGCUCACAUCGGAGAGCAUGCGGGCCCGCUGGCGCCGUGCGGUCCGACGCAUUCUUGCCAGGGGUACCGAGAGCGCCCCGGAGAGUCCCGGUGCCGACAGAGAGGCUCGCAGGUUGUGCCGGCAGUCGACCAUCACGGAGGAGGCUCAACCGGACGAGGACUCUGGGGAGCACACCCUCACGGAGCUGUCGAACUUACAUCGUGCCCUGAAGGAGUACAAGGCCCGCCAUGCCCAGUACAGCGGCUCGCUUGCCGCUUUGGCACGUGGCUCGCAAGAGGCCAUACCCGACCUUGAGAUCGUCGGUCAGCUGAGAGAUGCGAUUGUGGACGAGGUGAGGAGGGCGGAGAGCCUGCUUGCCUCGCACCAGAUGGUGGCCCUGGUUUCCUUGCCCCGCCAAGAGUGCAUCGACUACCACCUGCUCAAGGGAAAGAUGGCCGAGCUCUUGGAUUUGCAGAGGGAGCUGUGCUCUCAGAUUGAGGAGAUUCUACUAUUAGGAGUGGACAAUGGUGGCCAAGACGAUGGGAUGUCCCUCGAUGCCGCCGCUCCCUGAGUGGCCAACGGGCGUUGGUGGCCGUUUCUGUUUCACAGGUGGUUUUGCCGUACCGAAGCAGCUCAAAGUGUUUGUCUUGGCCUAGUCAAUCUGGAAGACUUUCCAAUUCCUGUUUGUUGGGAAAGCAUAUAUUUUUCUACUUUUCCAAGUUUGAUGCAUCCUGUAAGUUUUGGGCUAGUCAGUAGUGUGUGCUUGUGGCACCAACCCCAGCAUUACAGUGUGCCCAGGAAGAGUGCUGCAAAGGGAAAGCAUGGGACCAGCGGAAUGGAUCAGUAUUGUCGUUGGCCGGAGAAACAUGUUUUGUUUUCCUCUGCGCAUAUUUAUGCUUCAGAUAUUUAUGCCUGUUGCUAAUGCAGGGCAAUGAAGGCUCUGAGCGGUAAUUCGACUGCAGUUUGUUUCUGUAGGGGUCUCAAAGUUUGUGGAGCUGCCCGCUGUUGUAAUAUAUGGCUCUUAAUUCUGCAGUGUUACAAGUUGUGGCAAAGGGUUUAAUAAAACGUUGACUUGCACAGA